CUAACAGCCCACACGGCCCAAAACUCGGCGAGACGGAACGGGACUCGGCAGCGGGGAGGCUCCCCGUCCUCGCCCCGCCGUCUCCGGAGUUCUCCUCCUCGUCCUCCCCUCCUCCUCUCCUCUCCGAAGCCAAGCUACCACUGCCAGGGCCGCUCGAUCCUGGCCGAGACCAAGGGAGGAGGCUACCGACAAUGGCGUGGAGGCGGCUGGCGAGCGGUGCCUCUAUGGCGGCGCAUCUCCGGCGGGGCGUCCCCUCUCCCUCCUUCGCCCCCGCCCGCGCCUUCUCCGCCGCCAGCCCUACCCUUCCUGCCAGGCACGCGUUGCAGGGCAUCUGGUCGCGGUGUUCGAGCUCGGCCCCCGGGUUUCAGGCUCGCGCCCCCAUGCUCCGAGCUCUGCUGGCCGCGAGGGUGUCCCCCGGAGUUCGUCCGAAGCUUCCAGGUCUACUGAGGGGAUUUGGGACGGGCGGCACCGCAAUUGCUGUCAUGCUCUAUCCCACAAAGGUUGCUGAGGCACAAGAGCGACCGGCAAAGAGCCCAUCAGAAGAUAUCACUGUGCUCUCACCAUAUUCGAAACAAGUUCUUAGGAAAUUCUGGAAUUUGGUCAGAAAAUUUCAGCUGCCUAUCGGUUUGAUUCUUUUGAUUGUGUAUGGUUGGCGGAAACCAAUGGUUCUUGCCAUCAAUACAUUGCUUCUUCUCUACUCUACAAGGCCGGACCCCUAUUCCAUAUACUUGUUUCUUCAGGAGAUUCAUCAAGGGAAGGUGCAGCAAAAUCCUGCAUUGUGGAAGGAGGAGGUCAUCCAGACAAGAAAAGUUGAUACCGAAGACUACAAGUUCUUUUCUAUUGGGACGGUCGAAUUAAAGGACAGAACAGUACUGCAUGUGAUUGGAAUUCUGGGCAAUUGGUGGAUCUAUCAUGUGUCGUAUGACAAGAGAGUGGAGCAGUUGUACUUGUAACUUCUCAUUCUGAAGAGCUGGUUAAUAACAGUAGUUACCUGUAGUUUUUGACAUCUGUAUUAGGGAAUACUGAUUCUCAAUGUUUCGGAGCUCUGUUUUUGCAUGUAAUGCUAAAAUGCUUUAACAUCACAAGUUUGUCCGGAAGAUCUAGCUCUACUGGUCGUCCAAGGAAUUUGUUUGAUGGAUGCAUCGAUUAACUUGUAUCUGCUUGCAGUGUGAACUUACAUCAAUUUGAGUUGCAUUUCUCUGCA